GUUUGCUGACAAUGGCAUUGGCCUGACCUUAGCGAGUGGUGGGACUUUCCCUCAUGAUGAUGGCUCAAAGCAAGAAAUCAAGAACAGCCUGUUUGUUGGUGAGAGUGGAAACCUGGGCACCGAGAUGAUGGGCAAUGAGAUCUGGGGACCUGGUGGCCUGGAUCACAGAGGAAGGACCCUCCCCAUUGGCCCGGAUUUUCCUAUUCGAGGGAUUCAGUUCUACGACGGGCCGAUCAACAUCCAGAACUGCACCUUCCGCAGGUUCGCGGCGCUGGAGGGGCGGCACACGAGCGCCCUGGCCUUCCGCCUCAACAACGCCUGGCAGAGCUGCCCCAACAACAACGUCACCGCCAUCCGCUUCGAGGACGUCCCCAUUACCUCAAGGGUCUUCUUUGGAGAACCAGGUCCAUGGUUCAAUGAUCUGGACAUGGAUGGUGAUAAAACAUCAGUUUUUCAUGACGUAGAUGGUUCUGUGUCAGAAUAUCCAGGCUCAUACCUGAUAAAAGAAGAUAACUGGUUAAUCAAGCACCCAGAUUGCAUUGAUGUCCCUGACUGGAGAGGUUCCAUCUGCAGUGGACACUUUGCACAGAUAUACAUCCAAGCCUACAAGCCAGCCAACCUGAAAAUGAAAAUAAUAAAAAAUGACUACCACAAUCACCCGCUCUACUUGGAAGGGGCUUUGAGCAAAAGCACUCAUUACCAGCAGUAUCAGCCAGUUGUAACUCUCAGGAAAGGCUACACCAUCCACUGGGACAAGACAGCCCCUGAAGAGCUGGCCAUAUGGCUCAUCAACUUCAACAAGAACGACUGGAUCCAAGUAGGGUUUUGCUAUCCUAAAGGGACGACAUUUUCCAUUCUCUCAGACAUCCACAAUCGUCUCUUGAAGAAAACGUACAAGACUGGAACCUUCUACAGAACCUCUCAGAUGGAGAAACUGGAGCACAGAUACCCUAGCAAAGGAUACUACUACUGGGAUGAGGACACUGGGCUGCUAUUUCUGAAACUCAAAGCUCAAAAUGAGAAGGAGAAAUUUGCUUUCUGCUCUGUCAAGGGAUGUGAACGGAUCAGGAUCAAAGCUGUGAUCCCAAAGACAGCUGGUGUCAGUGACUGUGAAGCCAUGGCCUAUCCCAAGUACAUUGAGACUCCCAUAGUAGAAGUACCAAUGCCUAAGAAGCUCUCUACUGCACAGCUGAAGACUAAGGACCAUCUGCUAGAAGUGAAAAUUGAAACAUAUAAGAAACAGUACUUCCAUCUAAAGGAUGACUUCGCAUACAUUGAGGUUGAUGGUGUCAGAUUCUUCCUCACUGAUGAGGGUAUCCAACUGGUUGUGAUUGAUGGACAUCAUGGAAAAGUUGUUGAUCGAGCUACAUUCAAAAACACAAUUCUACAAGGAAUCCCAGCACAGAUAGAAAAUUAUGUAAACAACAUCAAGGAUCACUCCAUAGUGCUGGUGGCAUCUAAAGGAAGAUUCAUUUCAAGAGGACCAUGGACUAAAGUACUGGAGAAACUUGGAGCAGAAGAAGGUUUCAGGUUAAAAGAAAAAAUGGCUUUUGUUGGCUUCAAAGGCAGCUUCCGCCCUGUCUGGGUGAAACUGGUCACUGAUGAGGACUCAGCUAAAAUCUAUCAAGCACUGCCCAUUCCUGUGGUGAAGAAAAUGAAAUUAUGA